AUGGCAGGCUGCACUCACCCUCAACAUCAACACCUCGCGCCAUCACCGGCCGCCAUAAUGGAGGUCGUUGCCGAGGAAGAGUCUCUCCAACCAAGAAAGCUGCCAGAGUUUGACAUAUCAUUUCGAGAUACGCUGCCAUCGUUUUAUUUCCAUCACAUCAUCGACCCCAUCGCCGCAACCCUCCGCGUCGAAGUUCUGGGCCCCAACCUCGCAUACACCUUUCGCCACGACCGCGCAAAGGAGAAGCGCAUACCAGCCUCCAACCUCUUCAAACGCCUGAGCUGCAAGACCACAGGCUUCCUCGCGCUUCGAACCGACGCCGGCAAGAAGCGCAUCGUGCUGGCCUGGGCAGAAAGCGGCCAUGGAGUCGGCCCCAACGGUGACUUGCUCGACCCGGAGCCAAGCGUUCUCCCUAAUGACGUGUGGGCACAAAGAGUGGUUUCCGUAGGCAAGAUGUUCGGCCUACGCAUGAACCGCCCGUAUGACGGCCAAAUCUCCCGGGUCAUGGGUCAAGAUUUGUCUGGCAUAUUCCUGGGCGGCCACGUAGAGGUGAAGCUCGCGGUGCACGCCGUCUUUGUCCUGCUCACCAAGUUUGGCAUCACACAGGACCUGGACAACGUUUCGCUCAGGCAUCUAAAGAGACUGCGCGCCGCACGCUGGGAGGACGGCUCAAGACCUGCCUUUGAGAUUUACUUUUCGCGCAAGAAUUGCCCCUUUUGCGGCAAAUUCGUCAAGACGCUCCAAAAGGCCACCGGAAUCCGGCUCAAGCUCAUAUGGAGAGAUCGUCUCGUCAAAAUAGUGUACGAAACGAAACAAAUGACCAAGACGGGUCCGACGAACCGGCCGCAGCAAUCGCAGCAAUCGCAGCCACAAGAGGUUAUCGACAUUGACAUGGACGACUGCGUGACAAUCAUCACCGAGAUGACAGAAGAGGUUCGCGCUAUUGACCUAGUCGACCUCUCCCGCCUGCGCUCUGCCACUGCUGAGAUUAUCAACCUUACAGGCGAUACCUGCAACGGUGACACCGCCGUCAGUCAAAACAACAUUCCCGAAGAACGAGCACCAGAUGGACCAUUGCCCUCCGCAGCAGACGCCUACAUCGACGGCCUGGCAUAUUGUGUCGGCCAAAUCGAGCAGUGCCCUGCAGGCGCCCAAACCGCCAUCCUGGAACUCGCCGAGAAACUCCACCAACGCAGUGCAGCAGCAGCAGCAGCAGCAGCAGCAGCCCGUGCCAACAUCAGCAAGCCUCUCCCUGCCACGCCUCAGGUAGCUCCGCCAGACUUUGGUGCGGAGGCCACUUUGCCAACUCCGCCAUCCAGCGACGAAGAUGUGAAUGGCGAUUCGCUGAGGGCGUUACUGGAGAGCAACUCUCGGAAUGAAGAAGAUACCUUGAGUCCAGUUCAAACGACAACUCGAAUUGAGAUUUACGGUGCUGGAGAUGCUGGAACAGAAUUACCUACAGUUGCUAGUGGAAGUGAGCGUCAAGGCCGCACAAGACCUUCUUUCUACAUUGAAAUUCCGUCUCGCCGAUGGGCCAGCUCUCCCGACCCGUUCUGA